ACAAAUCGGCUGCUGUACGGGUGCUGCUCGGGCUGCCGCCGCCGCUGCUGCUGCUACUGGGCCGCCGCUACUGCCGCUGGUGCUCCGUCGUACACAUGUCACCGCCGCCGUGACCGACUCACGCGCACACGGUGCACUCGCGACGCCCUAUACACGCGCGCACAAGCGGCGGUGGUUCCGCGGAGAGACAGCGACGGUGGUGAAAACAGCUACACCAUCGUGACGACGACCGCCACCACCACCACCCCACAUUACUACUUCCACGCCACAACCGCCGCUACCACCGUGACCACCGUCAACACGGCGACCGUCAUCGGUGUGAUGGGUACCGCCGUCGACCGCGACCUCGGACAAACGUCACGCCGCAGAGUGGCCGGGCCCUGAUAUAACCGCGUGGCUCGAGAUACUAUGGAGUGAUGGCGAGGGAAGAAUCUCGAGGAAAAAGGCCAUUUAAAAUAUGGGAUGGUUUUAGAAACAUAAGGAAAAGCUUGUUGGCCUCCAGCUUAAAAGACUUAGAAAUACGUGGCAAAGAGAAACUGAAUAUCGCGCCGAACGAGUCCGUUAGAUUGGUACUCGAAACUGACGGUACACAAAUCGAAGAUCCCGAAUACUUCAAAACACUGCCAAACAAUACAACUGUGUUAUUGCUCAGGAAUGACGAGUACUGGUACCCAGCUGAAGUUGAUGCCAUUAAAACAGCGAUUGCCGCAAUCCCAAAAAUCGUCUGCGAAACGAUUCAUGCACUGGAAUUGCAAGACGAGACACCGUCGUGGAAAAUAAUGGACAACAAAGGUCGAGUCACCGUUGUGUUGCACUGGGACCAUCGCAAUCAAACCUACCGCGGUACUAGUAACAGCGGUGGUAUGGACACGUCGCCGUCCAAGAAGACGAUGGCGCAUCAACAAAACGGCGUCGGCGGUCUGCUGAUGGAGAACAACAACGGUCCGUUAAAAAGAGAACCUGCCCAAGCGUUCCAACAACAGCAACAUUCCAUGCCGACCAUUUAUCGACACGGUACCACGCCUCAGAUCACGGUCAUCCAUCACGAUGCCAUACCGCCGUCAAUGCACGAUGGUUCGAGUCAGCACUAUCAGCAGCUGCAGCAGCUGCAGGGGCGCCGGCUGUCCAAGCAGGGCAGCAGUUCCAUGGACGCGGCGGCCAUACACGUGCACACGUCCGAGUGCGCGCACUUCAUACCGCCGCCGCCGUCGCACCACUCGGCCGGCAACGGCGGUGGCGUCGGCUCGUCGCGGUCAAACAGUCCGUCUCGCGGACCGUCCACCGGCGACCGGAUGAUGCCGCCGCCACCGCUGCACAACAUACCGAUGCAGCAGCAGUCGUCGGCCGCCGACCAUCACGGGUUCGAGUGCGACUUUCACUGUUGCGCGCUGCACGAGGAGGGCCGCCGGAUCGCAGUGCACAAGUCGGUGGCCACGUCGCCGAUACAGGAGUGCCACCACGCGCCGCCGCCGCCGCUGCAGCAGCCAGUGCAGCAAACGCCGUCAUCCGUUGGCCAGCCAGCUUCGUCGUCGCUGUCGGACGGCACGCGCCGCGCGUCGCCCAAGGGCCACGUCCGGUUCCUGGACGCGGCCGGGUCGCCGCCGCUGCCUCCGCCUCCGCUACUGCCGCCGUCGCCGCCCGCGUCGCCCGCGCGCCGGCAGCAACCGGCCCAGCCACAGCCUCAGCCGUCGCCGCCGCCGCCACCCCAGCUGCAACACCGGUCCGACAGCUCCGAUUCCGAGACCGAGACCACCGUCAUCGAAGACGACUCGAUGACCAGCGAGAAAUUCCUGUUGCUCAUCGACCAGCUGGUCGACAAGCAGGACAGGCACCUGACCGUCAAGGACAUCGGCAUCAUACUGGAGCGGCUCAACUCGAAAAUCGUGGACGUCGAGCGGUUGGACCGCGACUACGAGGCCACCGACUGCUACAACUGGACCAUCAAGGCGACCAUCAGGGGCGACGUGCUCCAGGAGUACGGGAUCAUAUACAACGGCAACUAUUACGGCAUAUCCGAACAUCCGGGGUACCGGCAGAACGACGAGGAGCUGCCCAACGAGGACGACGAGGAAGCGCUGGAAGAGGACGAGGACGGCGGAGGCGCGUCUGCUGCGGCGGCAGGCGGCAGUGGAGCCGGCAGAGAAGACCGCCUGCACAGACGUCGCGCCGACGAAGAGGUUAACAUUUAAAUACUUUAUUAUGAUAUAAGCACACGUUGUUACACGCACACACACAUACAUACACACACACACACGCGCGCGCGCGCGCAUAGGCGGCACUUGAUAACCAAUACCAACUAUAACAGGUGCAGAAAUCAAAAUAUAUUUUAAAUAUAAGAAUUUAAAUUAAUCAAACUGCCAUCGAUAAAAAUAAAUUGCAUUGAAAUAGUAAAAAUGUAUACUAUCAGAUAUAGUGAAUUUUUCUUUUGCGACCUCAGUACCUCAACCCUUGUUUUUCUGGUGGUGACAGGGUCAAAGGUAUCGUUUCUCAUCUUUGAGGGCUAUUAUUACACCCUCACAUGCCUACUCAUGAAUGUCGUCUAUGCACACACACACACACACACACACACACACACACACACACACACACACACACACAUACACACACGCGCGUGCGGUGUACCUAAUAUGUGCGUGAUACAUUCACGGUUGUUUUUUGUUUGACCUCCACGAGGUUAAUGUUUUGAAAACCACGGGAAAAAUAUUAUUGACAAAAAAUUAUUAUUUGUUUUUUAAUAGUUCCAAUCGACGUUUGACUAUUAUUAAUAUUUAUUAUAUUGUUAUUAAUUAUUAUUAUUAUUAUUAUUAUUAUAAUUAUUAAUUGUUAUUAUUCGUAAUACUCCCGUCGCCGAACCGGCCAUAAAUAGGUACUACGAUAAUCCGUAAUGCUACGUGAUGAUUAUAAUAAUGUUAUGUGUGCCUAUAUGGUGUAUAAUAUUAUUAUUAUUUUAUGAUAUUGUGCCUGUUGAGCUUCAAACAACAUUUUCGUGUUACUUGUCGCGAGUCGGUUCGCCACCGCACCAUACCUCAGACACGCGAUGUCGCGGUUUCGUUUCAUGUGUAUCCGAUAAUAUAUUUUUUUUUUCAUUACUAACCGCCAUCGUUACUGCCAACAUACAUAUUAUUAUACGUAUACACAUACAAAUAAUACACAUACACACAUAUUAUAUAUUAUACAUUACACAUUUACCAAGUCGUAUAAGUUUUAUUUGUUAGGAAAAAACAAGAAUAAAAACGUUUGGCUAAACGUCUAACCCGAGGUACUAUUUUCGAUACCGACAUACAGGCUGUCAGUGUCCUUUUAAAAAGACAGUUCAGCUUAGGGUUUUUCAUUUGUUUAGAUGAAACAUUAUAUAGAAGUAUUCCCUUAUUGCGUACUUCGCAUUUUAUAUAAAAAUUAUCUUUUCCGACAUUUACGAACGAACUAAACGUCGUUAAUGCGUA